AGGCGCAGUGAACGCGGAUGGCUGUGUGGAGCGUGGGCUGGAGGAGCGGGCGCGUGCUCCGGGGAAGGUUCUAAUGCGGAGCGCGGCGGCAAUAGGAGCAGCAGCAGCAGCGUGACUGCGGCCCGGAGUCGUCCUCCCACCGCGCUGCAACUUAACGCUGCUUAGCCACGGGUGCGGCCUCCAUGCAGUGUGCUCGUUCCGCCGAGAUCACGCCGGCAGCAGCAGCAGCAGCAGCAGCAGCACCCACGGCAGGGGCCGGAGCUUCUCUUCACCCGUGACUUCGGGGAGGAGGCCCUAAUUUCUGUCAUGUCGUCCAGUGAUGCUUUGAUACCAUCAGGAAAAUCUGAAAAUGAAGAGGAAGUGAUAUUUGUGAGCGAGCAGCCAUUAAGGCCUGUUUUGGAAUGUAUUAAUCUAUCAAGUGACGAAGACAAUGAAGGGAACACUGCACGGCAUAGCAGGAGACCGAAGGAUCACAUUGAUUGGCAAAAGGCAAGAGUUUCGUCGACAUUGGAUCGUUUGGCUCGUCAAGUCGAAGUUGAGAAACAGCUGAAAGAAGAGAAAUGCAAAGCUUUUCAAGAAAUGGUACAUUCGCAGUACGCUCAUGCCAUGCAGGAGUUGGAAUUCGUUCGUGGACAAGCUGCAACUGAAGAAGCAAGAAGGUGUGUUGACGGCUGGCUGAGAGUGCCAGGACCGAAGCCUGGUGUUGUCAGCUUUGGCCGACGUCCAGUGAAAUGGCGCACAAAUGCCUCAGUGACUCCUGAUCCCAUUGACUGCCCAAUAAUGAACUGUAACAGGAAAUUUGAUAAUAGACAUCUACUUUUAGGACACUUGAAAAGGUUUGACCAUUCCCCUUGUGAUCCAACUAUUACACUACAGGGGUCUCCAUCCACUUCGUAUAUUUGUAUUGCAUGCUGUCAGCGAUUUGUAAACCUGCAGAAAUAUGAAGAACAUUUGGCUCUGAAGGUUGAUUCUGGAAACCCUGAAGGCCAUCAGCGUGGCCUUGAACCACAGAUCUGUCAGUGCUUUGCUUGCCCAAGCUGCUAUUUACUGUUUAACCUGCGGGACGAAUGCUUGCGGCAUAUGACCAAAGCAAAACACAUUCUUCAGCGGUACAGACUGAGUGGCGAGCAGGGAACUCCUAGUCCUCUUCCUUUUCCAAGCUAUGCAAAGAAGUUGUUGAUCUCUCUAUGUAAGGAAGUUCCGUUCCAGGUUAAAUGCACAACUUGUCAACAGAUGCUGCGUACCCACAUAGAAUUGACGGCACAUUUCAGGACGCGGUGCAGAAGGGCUGGCCCCGUUGCUGUGUCUGCGAAAGAUAUCGGCCAGGUUGCCGGCAUAUUCCGUGUGAGGGGGCGCUGCCUGGAAUGCAACCGGCUGUUUGUGGAUGACGGUCAGAUCAGCCGGCACACCCAGCAGGACGGGCACAGCGUCUACUGCAUCGACACCAUGGACAAGGCCAUCGUGGAGUUCUGCCGCUUCAACGAGAAGAGCAAGAUCCCCUCCGACCUCCGCAUGACCCUGGAGAAGUCCAAAGGGAGGAAGAAAUCUCCUUUCAAAAGAGCCUUGGAUGAUUCGGGCCCUGGCACCGGGGAGCUCUCUGCUCCCAGCCCCUCCAAGAGGAGCCGGCGAGACUGCAACCGAGUGCGUGUGAAGGAGGAGAACGCGGAGGGCGGUGGUGGCGGCGGCGGCGGCGGCGGCAAUGACAGCCUGUGGUUUUGCGAGUGCCGUCAAUGGUUCGACAGCGAGCAAGCGGUGGAGAAGCACAUCAUGUCGGCCAACGGGAUCCGCCACAAGUGCCUGGUGUGCGGCAAGCUGGUCUUGGACGCCGGCAUCAUCGGCCUGCACAUGAGCCGCAGCCACGGCGGCGCUCACCUCACCCACUACGUCUUCUGGUGUGAGCUGUGCCGGGCAGAGUUGCUGCAGAGGGACGACCUGAUGGCCCACAUCACCGAGCUCCACGACGGACACACCUACUACUAUGAGGAGGAGGUGGAGGCGGCCCAGCUGCCCGCACCCCACCAGCCCUCCACGUCCACCAAGUCGGACUGGAGCCCGGCUGGCGAGAACGACACGGGCGGCGAGGUGGCGGAACCGGAUCCGGGUGGCGGCUCCUGGCAGUGCAGGCUGUGUGAGGAGAUGUUCGAGUCGGAGGAGAGCGUGGCGCAGCACUGCGGCUGCCUAGCCAGCCACCAGUUCCACAAGUACAGCUGCGGCCUCUGCAAGAAGCGCUUCCACCGGGUGGAGACGUUGUACCGACACAGCCGCGACCAGCACGACUGCCAGAUCAGCGUCAAGUACUUCUGCGGAAUCUGCGACGACAUGGACUUCACCUCCGAAGGAGAGUUUCUGGACCACUACAAAGACUUCCACAGCACGGAUUACGUUUUUGUGGAGCACGGGGACGACGCUGCGACCGACAAGGUGGCAGAGAUGGAGGCAGCGGAGGGGCUCUCCCGCUACUCCUGCGGGUGUCGGCUGCACUUCAGCUCCAGGGGCCAGAGGGUGGAGGAUCAACGCAGGUGCAGGGGAAACCUGCUGAGCCAGGGGAAGCUGUGGUUCCGCUGCCCGUCCUGUCAGGUGACGUCCCAGGUGCAGGAGGACAUCCGGGCGCACCUGAUAGAGGUCCACGGGGGCACAGGGGCCGGGGCGGUCGUCAGAUGCAUCUGCGGCAAGUCCUUUAACCACAGUGAAUCUGCCCAGAUGCACUACCACAGCAAGCACAGCACCUUGCAGCAGCAGCAGCAGCAGCCGCCGGCUAGCUCCUCCUUGGCCAGUGACGAGGCCGGCAUCCCCCCAGCAGGAGCCGAGUGUCACGAUGGCAAGCAGACACCGCAAGACGAUGACGCCGUGGCCUCGACCAGUCAAAGCACGUCCACAGCGAGCAAAGCUGAAGUUGAGAAGGAAGACACAAUCCAGGAAGAAGAUAUUGACUUGCCUGACUUGGACCUGCUUCGCACAAUGACACACCUUGUCUUCAUUGAUUUGGAUAAUUGGGCAGGCUUCUUCAACCAUUUACCUGGACAGCUUAACCAGGGCACAUUUUUCUGGGGCUUUCAAGGUGGAAAGACAAACUGGAAAGCACCGGAAAACUGUCCCGUCUACAACUAUCUUGUCAAUACCGGAUGCUUUUUCCUUCAUCCACGAUGUAGUGCGAGGAAGGAUGCUGCUGAUUUUGCCAUCUGCAUGCAUGCCGGGCGAAUGGACGAACAGUUGCCAAAGCACAUCCCUUUCACCGUGCUCUCUGGAGACAAGGGCUUCGAGGAAUUGAAGAACCAGUUGAAGAAGACUAUGCGGCCAGGCCAUGUUUUGAAUCCUCACCAGAUGGAAGGGGAGCUGAUGUGUGCUUUAUUGAAUAGUAUAUCUGAUAUUGGAAAAGACAGUGAUGAUGAAGAUGAAGAUCUUCAGAAAACACUGGCACUGAGCCUGCAAGAGACCACGAUGGAGCAGGAUGUUAUUGAUGAAGUCAGUGAUGAAGAUGAAGCUCUUCAGAAACCACUAGCACCAAGCCUGCAAGAGACCAAGAUGAAGCACGAUGUUACUGAAGAAGUCAGUGAUGAAGAUGAAGCUCUUCAGAAAACACUGGCACUGAGCCUGCAAGAGACCAAGAUGAAGCAGGAUGACACUGAUGAAGUCAGUGAUGAAGAUGAAGCUCUUCAGGAACCACUAGCACUGAGUCUACAAGAGACCAAGAUGGAGCAGGAUGUUACUGAAGAAGUCAGUGAUGAAGAUGAAGCUCUUCAGAAAACACUGGCACUGAGCCUGCAAGAGACCAAGAUGAAGCAGGAUGACACUGAUGAAGUCAGUGAUGAAGAUGAAGAUCUUCAGAAAACACUAGCACUGAGCCUGCAAGAGACCAAGAUGAAGCAGGAUGUUAUUGAUGAAGUCAGUGAUGAAGAUGAAGCUCUUCAGAGAACACUGGCACUGAGCCUGCAAGAGACCAAGAUGAAGCAGAAUGUUACUGAAGAAGGCAGUGAUGAAGAUGAAGCUCUUCAGAAAACACUGGUACUGAGCCUGCAAGAGACCAAGAUGAAGCAGGAUGAUACUGAUGAAGAUGCCAAAAUGGAAGAAGCCAUUUUGCAAACCAUGGAAGCAAGAUAAUGUUGGCUUAAUGGAAAGUGAAGCAAAACUCUCGGCAGAUCAGAUGGCCAAACGCUUGGACAAGAUGGCCAUCCCCGACACCAGAAGGCGUUAAAGAGUGCACCUUCCUUCCAAGUUAGAUCAACUGUGCUGGAAAGAAUUAAGGAUCUUUUUGGCUUGUCAAGCAGAGUUUUUUGUUGCAGAUUAAAGUAACAAUUAAGAAAAAAUAGGAAACCUAGAAAAUUGUAUACCAUAAUGUGCGUGUUAAACAUGCAUUAGAUUAAAGUGCGUGGUUACCAUGUGGUCUUGAUGAUGGGAAGCUGAGGAACACGGCUGGUUGGAGCAGUCCCUUAUACCAUUCAUUUGCAGCAGGAUGCCGACUCUGCAAACUCUUUGUCACAGAUGAGAGAUUCUUUUUCACAGUUUUGUUUUCCUCAUUGACAGGAACGAUCUUAAAGAUAUUUGAGUGAUCCAUUCUGUUGAAAACUGCUGUGGUAACAUUUCAAUUCAGCAAUGUUGCCCUUUGCCAGUCUGUCUUCAUUUCCAAACAUACUCCCGUGAGAGUUAAGACUAGGCUUUUCUUAUAAAAGUGUGUUUAUAUAUAUUUUUUUCUUAUGUUGUACAUAAUUGAAAUUCUUUAAUCAGUGUGUUAUCUGGUUGAUAGCUUGAAAAAUAAAAUUUGUUUUUGUUCUCCA